CAAAUCCCCCCAAUCAACGCCUCCUACCGGAAAAUAAUCAGGCAAUCAAUCGCUGAUUCACGCCGCGAGAGGGCUCCUCCUCCUCCUCCGAUGGCGUCGGAGGCCAGGUCAGGGGGCGUGCGGCGGGUUCCGCUGCAGCCGCGGGACGGCAACGCGGCGGCCUCCCCGUCCUUGGGCGGCGGCGCCCUUGCAAGAUCGAAGGCGAAGGCGCGGGCGCCUGCCGCGUCUCCGCCGUCGGUGAGGUCCUAUGCCGGCCGGGCGGAGGUUGAGAGGAGGGCGGCGGCGGUGGUGAGGGAGAAGGAGGUGUCGCUGGCGGAGGAGCUGGAGAAGGCGCGGGAGCGGCGGGGCCGGCUGCGGGCCGCGCGGCAGGUCACGGAGAGGGUGCUGGCGGAGGCCGACGAGGCGCUGCGCCGGGAGAUGCGGGAGUGGGAGCGCAGGGCGGACGAGCAGCGCCGGGUCGUGGCGGAGCUCAUGCGCCUCAUCGGGAUGCCGGAGGUCUUUGUUCCGGUGGAAUCCCUGAGAUCCAGGGAGGAGAGGAAGAGGAAACAGGGGACCGCGUCUUCAGAUCCCCCCGGCCCGGUCACAGUGGCUUCGACAUUACUAGGCGAAGAAGCUGGAUCAUAUCCCUCCGAUAAGGAACUACUGGCGACGCCGACAAGGGAAACGACGGCAGCAGCAACGACCGAAAGCAGCAGCUCUUGAUAUUUCUUUGCCACAUUGGCCUGUUCCAAACUGUUUCUGCACAAGGCCGGCUUGGAAUGAAAUCAAAUGGCUUGUUUGGUUACGAAUGUUCAGCAUAUACACAACUUGUAUGAA